GGAACACUUAAACUGCGGUAUUUUUCAAUGUUCGAGCCCGGAACUUCAGGAACUAGCGCAACUUUUGAUGAAGAUGAAGACGUAACAAUUUUGGACGUUUCUCUCGCCUCCAAUCCAUUUCCACCCCCAGAAAUAAUUGUUUUGGAUGAAGAAGAGGACGAAGAAAAUAAACACAGUCAAAAUGGGUGUUUAACAAAAAUGGCAAAAAAGAAGCAAAAUAUUCAAGAUUUUUUUGCUUCUCAAAUACAAGAAGAAGAUGAGGAUGACCCUGUUGAUCCAAUUGAUCGAAUUCAACAAUUUCCUCCUCAAAAACGAAAAGAAGAACUUUUGCAGAAAAUAUUUAAACACAAAAGCUUUAGAAGUCAAAUUCAAAGAGAUGCAAUAAAUUGUGUUAUUAAAAAAAAUUGCGAUGUCUUUAUUUCUCUCCCAACCGGCGCUGGAAAAUCUCUUUGUUAUCAAUUGCCUGCGUGCUUUCAUCCUGGCCUUACGAUUGUUUUUUCUCCACUUUUGGCGCUUAUACAGGACCAAAUAAAUGCUCUAAAAUCUCUAGGAAUCAGAUGUGCUACUUUAAAUUCAACAUUGAAAGAAGAGGAAAGGAGGGCUAUUUUGAGGGAGCUUCAUACAACCCCUCGUUUUCGUAUUCUCUACAUAACACCUGAAUCAGCAGCCCUGGAAUAUAUCCGCGAAAUUCUUGCAAAAUUGGCUUCACGUUCUCUUUUAAAUUAUUUUGUUGUGGAUGAGGCGCAUUGUGUUAGUGAAUGGGGUCAUUCUUUUAGACCGGAUUAUUUGAAACUGAAAUCUUUAAGAAAGGCAAUGGGGAGUGAGGUUCACUGGAUAGCUUUAACUGCCACGGCAAAUGAGAAAACUGAAAGGGACAUUUUAGACCAAUUGCAAUUAAAACCUCCACAAAUGUUCAAAUCGUCUACUUAUCGUGCUAAUUUAUAUUAUGAUGCUCAUAUGGUUGCCUUUAUUCGCAAAAUUCUUUUUGACGCCCGUGAAAAGCAAAAAAGGGAAGGAAAAAAGCCUCACCCAGCAAGUGGAAUUGUUUAUUGUCAAACUCGAGCAGAAUGUGAACAUAUGGUUAAUGUCUUGACUUCAGGAAAAAUUCCGGCAGAAGCUUAUCAUGCUGGGCUUAGCAAUAAGGCAAGGGAUGAAGUCCAAAAUAAAUGGAGUUGUGAUCAAUUGCCUGUAGUUGUUGCUACAGUUGCUUUUGGAAUGGGUGUAGAUAAAGCUACAGUGAGAUUUGUAAUUCAUUGGAAUCCCCCUUUAAACAUGGCUUCGUAUUAUCAAGAAUCUGGACGUGCAGGACGUGAUGGAAAGCGAAGCUAUUGCCGUAUUUACUAUUCUCGUGAAUAUCAAGGAAUGAUGAAUUUUAGAUUACAUAGUUCAAUUAAUGGAAUUAAUAGGACUAAAAGUGUCCCUGCCCAAGUAGUUGAACAACGAAAAAAAGAAAUUCAAAAAGGUUUUGAAAAAAUGAUUGAAUAUUUGGAGAAGGCAAAUUGUAGACAUGCUUAUAUUGGACGCUAUUUUGAUGAAAAUGUUGUAAAUUGUUCGAAUAAUUGUGAUUUUUGUAAAAAUCCUCAAAAAGUCAAAGAAGGAUUAAAAUGUUUGGAAAAAUUUGAGAGGGUAAAUACUAACAGAAGAGGGAUGAAUAAUAAUGAGGAAGAAGAUGGACAACUUUAUGGAGGAGGAAGAAAGCGGCUAUUAAGAGACGCUGAUUAUGAAAAUACUCGAGAAGGAGGAAUGGGCCCAGAUCCUACAAUUCAAGAACAAGAAGAGCGUCAACGUGUUCGAGAACUAGUUCAAAGUGAAUUGAGAAAAAGAAGAUUAAGUUCAUUAAAUGAAAUUCCAAAAUGGUCAGAUGCUGGAAAAGUUUUGAAGGAGGAUAAAGCAGAUAAUUAUCCUCUACUUCUUUCAACAACACAAAAAAUGCGGAAUAAAAUUCCAGGAUUGAAUUUUGAGAAACGAGAGCAAUACAGAAUUAAAAUUUGUAAUGAAUUGAGAUUAAAUGCGGCAGCAUGUGAAGCAUGGGAAAAGAUGGAUGAAGAUUUACUUGGAAAUUUAUCUGGUGUUUUGGAAGAAAGAGAAUUUUUGGGGGCUAAAUUGACAACAACUUAUGCAAAUAGAAUUGCUUCAAAGAUAAAUGAACUCAAAAAAGCAACAAAUCGUUCAGAAUUGCAUACUGAUUUACAACAGACUUGACCGAAUAAAUUUGUGAAAAAGAGAAAUUUUGCUCGCGAAUAAAAAAAUUUCUUGAUUGCUCAUAUUUUUCUGGUUUUCUUUUUUUAAUUUCUUUGUAUUUUUUAUAUUAAAUGGAAUUUUUUGCUUGAAUUUUUAGAAAAAUUUUUUGGGUUGUUGACCCAUUUAUGUAUUUUUAAAAAUUUUUUAGAAAAAAUUUUUAAUUUUUAACCCAACCUGUACAAGUUCAAUAUGCCCUUGGUCAACUUUUGUUUUUGGAUCUCGAUGUGUUCCAAAUGCACACAUUCCUGUUUGGCUUUGUAAUGCUGGACAAGCCUCCCAUGGAAAGACAUAAGGCAGGUCGAUGGAGUCGCU